GAUAAAAUGUUUUUUUUUAAUUUCAGGUCUCCUAUGGCUCUACCUCUUAGGAUUUGGUUAUAUGGCGUUGUCACUUGAACCUGGAUUCCUGGACUUCGACAAUCUGCCAGAUACAAACUUUUCCUGUGUGGGAAAGGUUAUAGGAGGAUACUACGCAGAUAUGGACACGAAUUGUCAGAUGUUUCACGUCUGCACCAUCGGCCAACUAGAUGAACCGAUGGAUAUUAGAUUUUUGUGCCUUAAUGGAACUGUUUUUGAUCAGGAAACAAGAGUCUGUGAAAGGAUAGAUGAAGUAGACUGUUCAAAAUCUGAACAGUUUUAUAGUUUAAAUUUAGAAUUAUAUGGUAAUAGUCCACCCUCUAAUUUAGAAGAAACCGCAGAGACUGAACAGCCUUUAAUAAUAAAAUCAACGUCACCUACGACGACCACAUCGACAACGACGACGACCAGCCGUCCGCAACCGAAGAUCAAGACAACUCGACAACAAUUUUUCACCACCAUCGUUCCCACUACGACGCCAAAGAAUGCACCUCCUGCUCGCCCACAGGUGAUCACAACCCACCACUUCCCCGUGCUCAACCCAUCACCGGACAUCCGUUUCAAUCCCGAAGAGAUCAACAUCAGCCUGAGACCUGGUGGCGCCCCACCGGAUAUCCGGCAAAAAGAGACCACGCAGCGAAAUGUGGUGAACUACGAUAGACCGACGCCUAGUGAUGUUAACUACGGGUUCACUUUUAGGCAGACCGAGGAGGUGAGGGAGGAUUACACCGAGGCACCCGAUUACCAUUCGGGAUAUCGGUUUAGGGAGCAUCGGCCUGGACAGGGGUAUCUAGACCACAACCCAACCCGUUCGCGCCAACAGCAGCAGCAACAACAACACUUCCCAGUAGUAACGACCUUCCGUAGUGCAGAACACCACAAGACAUCUCCGCCUUCACCUGCUGCAGCUGCAGGAUCGUUCUACCUGCAGCAAUCGCUGAAGCCUCCACAGCCGCACCAUAGAAGUCAGUACGAAAGACCUAAGCCGCAGUCGCAGCCACAACAAGGCCUGCAAAGAUUGCAGCUGCCUGUGCCUUUGCCGCCGCAGGUGUCGCAGUUCACUUUUAGCACGCCAGCGCCCUUCCAGCAUACUGACACUAAGAGGUACACCAAGGAUCAUAUUCCACCACCACGAAUAGUUAUCAGUGCUAGCGCGAGCGUCAGCGACGACACAGGUAGAAGAUUAAACUACUCCUUGGGUACAAUUGGAACAUCCCAACUCCUGAAUGAUCCUUCCAACAGCUACGAGGAAUACAAGGAUGAAGAAGAAAGGCUUGAGCGCUUUUAUCACGAUGUGCAAAAAGUCAAACAUUCCAGACGGAAAAGAAGCACAGACCAAUCGGUUAAACACUCCGACAUUAUCAAGAACGACCAGCAAGCCGUGCAAGUCCUAAAGUUUCUCUUUGAUUGGUACAGGAACGAGAAAACCAACCCGGCUAGGCAAUCCACCACACCAGUGUCCUCCCCGUUGGAUAUCUCCACAAUCCAGCUCAUCAAUGGAGAAUUGGCGUCUACCACUGAAGACAGCAGUAUUGAAAUACCAGACAGCUUCGAAGACAGUGACCUGUUCAACAUCAAGAGCAAGUAUAGCAUCAUCGGAAGAGCCCUGGUUCCUCCUGAAAAAGAUACGAAAGACAAGCUAAAACCUAAGGAUGAUGCGAAUCAACCAAAGAGAAACGAUGAGUUAUAUCUACACGACCACGGUACACUUCCACAAGAAAAGGACAUCAAGAUUAAACCCAGAAGUAAGGACGAGCUAUUUAAAUAUGAAGAUCCACCUAAAAGCAAACAAAAAACGAAAGACGAACUAUAUCAACAUGAACAUGACUAUGUUGACGACAACUAUGAGCCUGUUGCGUAUCAAGAGAAGAAGGAACAAACUGAAGAUAACGAAAAAGAUAAAAAGUCAGACAAAGAAAUUGUUCAUGAACUUGUAACCAAUAACGAAAAUCAGAAAAACCAUUCAGUUCUGUUGGAUUAUGUUGACGAUAAUAUUGAACCUAUAUAUUAUAGAGAGAGACAGGAUGAUAAUAUGACAGAAAAAUCAAAACAUCCUAGCAAAAAGGAUACAGUCGAUGCUUCAAGCCACUUUGUGUCUACCACCUAUUCGGUGUUAGAUGAUACUUAUUACAAACAUAGCCUAAAGGAAAACGAAGAUGGAAAAUUAAAAGAAACAAUGCUAGAGCCGUCUAAUACAAAUGAGUCUACAUUAGAUAAACUAUACUACAUAUCAAAUGAUACGCAAGAACUCAGUACAAAGUAUCCUUUAAGUCAGUAUGAAUCUAGUACUCACACAGUACCGCACCAAGAGAUAGAGCAAGGAUCAACACCAGUACAAGAAACAGCAGUCGACCCAGCCAGUCACUAUGAAUCUAGCACCUAUUCUGCUUUGGACAGACUGUUUUAUCUGCAUAGACAAAACGAGGAGAAACCAGAACAAACCAAGAAAGAUAUAUCAGAAAAUGAUUGGACUCACUAUGAAUCAAGUACACGUUCAACUUUGGAACAGUUGCUAGCUGUGAAUCUUCAAAACAAAUACGACGAAAAUUCUCAAACAACGACCACAGAGUCAGUGCCAAGUACCAACUUCAACAUAGUGACUGAAGAAACUACGAUUCCUGUAACAGAUCCUCAAACCAUUGAAAACGCUAGUCAAAACUCGUCAGUUGAUGAUAGCAUAAGCAGUAACUUCAUCAAUCGAAAUUCAAACUUGAGUCAAAUAACCAUCAGCGACACCAGUUCGUCUUCAACUUCUACUGAAAAACCGGCUCUGGUCCUACCUAAGAGAAACCAAAGACGAGGUAGAAGAAGAUAUCACACAAACGAGAAAAAUAACAAAGAUGUGGAAUUUAAGAAUCUUCUGAUUGAAAAACUUAUUGAAAGACCGUACAGAGCGAAAGACGACUACGAUUACUUGAGAACAGUAUCGAAUGUCUACAGUACAACCUUGAGAACAGAAGAUAGUCUCCAAGACGACGAGAAACAACCAACUGUGCUUCCAACCACAGAAGAUACUGUUACCGCAACUAGUGAGGCAAAUACGCUGAACGAAUUGUUUGAUCCCAAUUCUUCAAAUACUGUUACUACUUCUCCUAGCACCUCAACUACUACAGAAACUACAUCUACCUCAACUACUGAAACACCUGUCUCACAUUCUUCAUCUGUAACACCGACUUUGACUUCAAUCAUAACCGAAGCUCCUCGAACAAAAAGUAGUAGAAGAAGAGGAAGGCAUAGAUUUACUAUUACCGAAGCGUCUACCACUCCAAGAAAUAAGAGGAGACGAAGACCAACAACAUUAGAACCAAGAGCUACUACGGAAGCCUCAUCAACUACACAGUCGUUGGAACAAGCCAGACAUGAAAGUGGGGAGACUGAACGUCCAGGUGGUAUAAGCUUCGCAGCGAUCCAAAGGUUGUUUGAUAUAAAUGGAGAUGCUCAAGAUUCACCAAUAGAGCCAGCCUCAGAGGUUGCUGCAAGCACAACAGAAAGAUACCAAGACCUAGGUAGUACCAGUUCGUCUAUUGCAAGUAACCAAAUCAGCCCAACUGUGAACGAGCUCAACUUAGAGGCACUUGGUACGCCCAACUUCCCAGUCACUGAAUCCACGGUUGAUCUAUCUAAAGACAAGGCUCCUCCUGUGGAAAUAUACUUAACGUCCUUCAAUCCAACCACAGAAGCAACUCAUGUUACCAAAAAGAAACAGUUGAGAGAAGAACCUACAACUCCUUCCACAGAAUGGACGUCUUUGGAGAAGUUCAUCUCAAAUAUCGAGACUAACACCAGGAGUGUCGCUACAGAUAAAGAAAAAAUACAUAGAGCUUUAGGAGAGCUAAAUGAGGGUGAAACAGGUCAGAGUGCUGGUGAAGUGAGAGAUGUCUUUAGUGUGAAUUUGUUACCGAAAGUAGAAUCUGCGGAACAAAGUACGACAACACCAAAUGUAGAAGUAACUACGAGUACUGUGUUGUACGAAACCACAACAGAGAAGUUUAAGUACUUCUAUGAGAUGAUCCCUAGGAUUUUGGAAAAUGUGGCAGAUGAUAGGAAGACUACGUAUUUUGGUGAAAUGAGUACUACGCCUGAAGCUGCUGUAAGUAGUACUGAAAGCAAUAUUAAGCACGAUAUUGUUGAAACUACUACUGAGAAUGAACAUGUACAAAUUGGUGAUACUACAACAGCAAGUGUUAACAACUAUACCGAUUCCGAAGCUUCGAGUCAAAAAGAUGCAUCUCAAGAAGGUGGUCAUAAGAUCAUUCUAGGUAUCAUUAUGGCAAGUGCUGAACCAGAUUCAACGACUCCAGACGCAGAAAAUACAACUUCAACUUACUAUGAAGAAACCACAACUCCUACAGAAGCUCCAAUGACAAGAAUAGAUACUAGUACUACGCAAAAACCAUACAUUGUCGACUUAGAUACUUCUACUGUUCCACCGACUCCUCGUAUAGUGGUUCAGUUAGGUACCACUCACGAUGACAGCAAACCUAGUGAUACCUUUUUCAAAAUGGACAAUUUCUGGGAGCAUCUGCACACUCCUGUAGAUUUCUCGCCUCAUAGUUCUACGUACGCUGAUCGGUUUGGCCAUAAUCACUUGGACCAGAAUGCUAAGGCGUCAUUUCCAACAGGCAAGGUAUCUCACAGCAAUGAUGGCAUCAGACAAAUUGCGGAUGAGAUAGCGAAUCUGACGAAAAGCGUGUUAGAUUUGACCAGCCUGACUGAUACGAGCCCGAGUAUGCAAAGUACCACGUCUGAAGUCAAAAGUAGUCAAAUUCCUACAACAUUGGACUUUACAACGCAGCCUCCAUCCACAAGCACUCUCGAAGCCACCACGGAGUAUUCUUUGAGGAGGAAUGGGAGAAGAAGGGGCCAGCGGCCUACCAACGGAAGGAGAAAUCCGGAAAGUUACCAAAGACACAGACAUCGUUUCCAAACCGAAAGCUUCACGAGCCGACCAGAAACCCACCAUACAAUCGAAGACGAUAUCGUAGACCUAGUAGCCAAAUCAGCCACAGAAACAACGCUAGAACCGACAAGACAACGAACACGACCCCCGACAAGUGGUGGAGACUUCUCCACGGAUGCUCCGCUCAAGAAAAGUGCUGUUCCAACUCAAGCUGAGAGAGGGGGUGAUCUGACACUCCCCACCACGCCGUUGUCCGAAACCAAGAUGGCGGCGAGGAAACACUACUUCUUCAACUGUUUCGGGAAGCCUAUAGAUAAGUUUUACGCGGAUCCUAGAGACUGUAGAUUGUUCCAUUAUUGUACGCAAGGAUACUCCAAGAACCAGCUGUUAGAUAUGAAAUUUGUCUGUGACUUAAAUACGUAUUACGACGAUGAAAAGUUGAUUUGUACAAAGAAUAAGCCUGCCAGGUGUUUGUAAAUAUUUUACUUAAUUUUAUUUAAUGUCUUAAUAUUGAUAAUGUUGAGAUUUUUUGGAUCGUAGGUGCAGUGUUUUGGUCUUUGCUGGUUUGGACAACAUAUUGCUUGGAGUUAGGUUUUUGAGUUUUACUCCAAGGAAAGGUUUGUCCAAGUAAGCAUUCUCAAACGAAUUACUGGAAUAGCUUGAUUGUAAAAGCUCAAGUUAGUCAAUAGGAUCAAAUAGAUGACGAGGCUAAAACAGAUACCUUACAAAUACAUAUGGGGACUAUAAUUUUAACUACAAUAAGGCUUGAUCCAUUUGGAGGUACUUUUUUCAAGAACAGGAAAAAUAAAAACAUACAACUUUAUAUGGAGCUAUUUACAUUAUACAACAAAAUAACAAAAAAGCAUUCCUGAUAUUUAUUUUUGACGUAUCUGAGCAGUAUUUGGACAAUAAUACGAGUAAAGCAAGCUUCGAAUUUCUCAAUCGUACCCAAUUAGUUCUUGUCGACGUCUGCCUCCCCCAAAUAAAAAUGUUUGGAGUUGUGAUGUCACACCAUGUAGGAAAUCUAUUUAUCGGUAUGAAAUGAGAAAUUAACUACUCACCGAGUAGUUGUUACAACAAAAUCAUGGUUCCAAAUGUGCGCAUGCACUAUUGAAACUAUAUGGUCCAAAAACCAUGACCUUGAAUUUCAUAUAGUAAAUAAUGUGUUAUGGUUAGGUCGAUUCUGUAAGCCAUAGUGUAAAAACGAACAUCCAUAUUCAGCUUGUAGACAUCACUGCAUAAUAUUCAAUAGACAUGCGAUCACAAGUCAAGAAGACUGGCGCGUUAUCGGUAAUACUGUUCAUGAUUUUUUAUUCUUUGUCAAUUAUUUACAUUAAUAGAGAAUCGUAAGCAUAUUGGCAACGCCUGUAUUUAUUUUUGAUUAAGUAUUUAAAAUUGUAAUGCCAAUGACGUAGAUUUAAACGACGCAUCUUUGGCGCGCUUUGCAGUGACGUCAUGACUCAUGAUUUGUCACUUGAUCGCAUUUUUGGUUACGUAACUGUCAAAUUUUUGACAUACCAUCUGUUUGUAGGUAUUUAUAGGUUAUGUUUAUUACUACAAAUUUCACGGAAAAGCUGGAACCAAAGUGACAGGUUGACAGUUAAUGACAGGUCGCAAAUGUUGACGUCACGUCAACAGCGCUUUGACAUUUUAAAUUUAUCGCGUAUUUUCCCAUUUUUUAUUAAUUAAUACUUGCAAUUGUAUAGUGCUCUAGUAUAAAAUAAGGUUUAAGAAGGCGUGAUCCUUUAGCAACGUAGACUGCGAAUAAAAAUAAUCGAGUGAUAUUUGAAUUUAUGCAUAUUUCCUAUUCAUAAAAAGUACCUCUAAAUGAAUAACCUGUUACAUGUGUGGGAAUUAUUUUUCCGCCUUUUUUAAAUACUUUGUAUCCAAACGUCAAUGUUUUAUGCACCUAUUUGCAUUAGACUGGUACAAAUAAAUAAAAAAUAAUAGACGUAUUUCUCUUGAAUUCAAAUUCGACAAAAUUGUAGUACCUGGUACAGUGAAAAUGACUUGUGAAUUAUUCAGAAUAUGCUGGGUAAAUCAGAGUAGCAGUGUAUGAGAAAAACAGUUACCUUUUUCUUUGUAAUACAUGUAGUAUGUUUUACGUCACUGAAACGUAGCUAUUGCAAUUGGUAUCGUAUAUAAAUAAACACUGUACUUAUCUUAAGUUCUCGAAGAUGUAACUAAAAUUUAGCCUCCUUUCGAAACAUUAGAUAGCAGAUAUGUCAUUUGAAAGGACGCGUAAGUUUUUCCUAUAGUUAUCUUCUAGGAAAUGCCAAGAUGAUUAUUUAAAGUAUAUUUUGUAAUUAUUGAAUAUAGCUUUGUUAUAAAUAUUGAUAGGUUAAUGAAGUAUUAACAAAAAUAAAAUAUUUUUGAGAGAUAA